CUUCGGCUGCCUGCAAGAAGCACAAGAACCACCCCAAACAGCUGUUACGGCGAUAACACGAAGGACAUGCGCAUUACGCCACUGCAUUGGCAUUUUGUCAAAUAUAACAGUAAAUGUAGUCAGAGAAGCAGUUGCAAAGAAAAUUGCAAUCCAUAAUAAAUUGUAAAAUUCCGCACAAAUUAAGUAAAUUGAUUCGUCAACACGUCAAGGCCAAAGGAAAAUGCCCAUCAUGGAGGAUAGCGGCAUAGACAGUGAGGAUAAGCAAUCGAAUAUAUUCGAAGAACCAGCUGUGGCUGAGCUGGCAAGCAUUGCAACACCAACAAACACAAUGAACGAUGAAGUAUUUGAUGCGUCAGCAAAUAGCCAUAUGGCGGAUCUGGAGGUAGUCUUCCGUGGCAGCAGUGGUCCAGUAAUUGAUGGUGCGGUGACGGAAAAUGGAGAAAAGCUAAUAAACAAUAAAUUACACAGAGCAGCGUCGCUAGAGGCAGGUGAAAGUGAGGAUGAGAGCAGAGCGAUUAGCAAACAACCAGCACCGAACACCUGUCGCAUACUGCAGCGUAAACUGGAGCUGAAAGUUGAGCGUGCCAAGCGCAACUUCAGUCAAUACCAGCAGCAGGAGCAAGUACGGAAAUCUCAAUCAGCGAAUCUCAUACCAAUUAGUCGACUAUCCAUACCGGGCGAUGCGGAGCAGAAACCACUUGUAGAUUAUAAAUCCGAUAGCAGCGAUGGCCCGGAGGAGAUAACAUUCUUUCCGGCUAAAGUGAAAAAUGCUCAACGCAAAGCAGAGCUCAGCGACACGUUCAGCAUACAGGAAAUGACCAUUGAAUCAGAUCUGGACUCGGAUGACAGUGGCUCACAGAAUCUGGAAUUGUUGCCGCCUUUGAGGAAGGCAAAUUUUAUGGAAAGCUUGAAAAUAUGCUUCGGUUGUGGCAAUAGAAGGAGCUAGAAACAGCUUCAGGUGCUUUCAGGGAAUCAAAAAAUUAAUAAAAGACAAAAUUUACUCGGAACGAUGCAAUAAAUAAAAUCAGUUGUAGCCAAAUUGUAUACAUGAACUAUGCAAAAUAUACAUACAUACGUACAUACACGUACAUUGA